AUGGUCUCGUCUCCCGAAUCUCUAGACAACAAUUUGUCUAAGAAUAAACGCAAGUCCAACGCGGCCAGUUUACAGAACUCGGCUCGCCCAGUCAAAAGAAGAGCAUCAAAGGCUUGCUGUUGCUGCCGGGCUCGCAAAGUUCGUUGUGAUGUUGUUGAGAAUGGCUCUCCAUGUACCAAUUGCCGUCUAGAUGAUGUCGAGUGUGUCGUUGCAGAGAGUAAACGCAAAAAGAAACAUCAUGUCGAGCUUGCGGUGGAAACACCGAAGGAUUCGUCGCCGGAUCAUUCAUCUAUAUUCGGCAACAAGUCUGAUUCUAACAGGCUGUUCCCGUCUCUCUCUGAUUCAUGGCCCUCAGUAUCGCCGGGAAGAUACCCAGAGAACGAACAGCAUGUGCCUCAUAUGAUAUAUCAAACCCAGAAGAGACAGCGUAUGCAAGAUGAGGAAAGGAGGAGACGGCUAUCGAGCAGCACAACUAUCAACUCUCCAUUUCUCUACACCGUACCACCGAAGGUCACAGCUACGCCUUUGAUAUCUACCGGGCUUGGACAGAUGCGCUCCCCACCUCCUCGACCUUCCCCCAGGAACAGCCUGCCAGAUUAUAUCCAGCCUCUCCCAUGUAAAUUCUUGACGGAAGACAUCGACUACCUGGAACGAAAGGGGGCCUUGACUAUCCCCAGUGAUUCUCUUAGGAACGAGCUGCUUAAGAGUUACAUCCAAUACGUGCAUACGUAUAUGCCUCUACUCGACCUGGACGAUUUUCUACGUGUAAUCAUGCGAAAUGAUGCAUCAAGGAGAUUGAGUCUUUUGUUAUUCCAGGCAGUUAUGUUUGCCGGAACUGCGUUUGUCGAUAUCAAGCAUCUACAGGCUGCUGGGUUUGGGUCGCGGAAGGCUGCUCGCAAAGCUUUCUUUCAAAAAGCAAGGCUUCUAUAUGACUUUGAUUACGAGUCCGAUCGGAUAUCUCUUGUCCAGUCGAUACUUCUCAUGACGCAUUGGUAUGAAAUGCCGGAUGACCAAAAGGACACAUGGCAUUGGAUGGGCGUUGGACUUUCUCUUGCUCAUACCAUCGGCCUCCACAGAGACCCGUCAACUUCAAACAUGGAUGCAAAACGACAGAAGCUUUGGAAGAGAAUAUGGUGGAGUACCUAUACCCGCGAUAGACUCAUUGCUCUGGGGAUGAGAAGACCUACUAGAAUAAAGGACGAAGAUUGCGACAUGCCCUUGCUGACGAUUGAUGAUUUUGAUAUCGCCCCCUUUUCCACCGAAGUUCUUCAGGUUCUAGGAGACUGCGAGUUGACCCAUAACGUCAGGUAUCAGAAGGACCUUGCCAUGAUGUUCAUUGAGAAAACGAAAUUAUGCUUGUGCAUCAGCCACGUCCUGUCAGCACAGUAUUCUGUGCUUGGCCAUAAAUUUGGCGGCACAACCGAAACCACUAUGAUGUUGGUGCCGAAGAAAACUGCCACAGAAGCUUGUGAAGUUAGAGCAUGUGAUAUUGAGCUUGAGAGUUGGAAAUCCGGACAGCCGGAUGUGACCGUGUAUCGCCCUUCGACUUCAUGGAGCUUAUCUCGUGGAGAGGAAGUGCUUCACCUUCACCGUGGCCUUCUCCAGAUGAUCUAUUUGACUACCCUGAGUGCCCUACACCGACCACAAGUCCUACCGGCUAACUCUACGACCACGAUCGAAGCGGAACUACAAUCCUUUUCUCGAGCGAAAGUCAGACUUGCGGCGGUGGAAAUCACAAAGGUUGCUCAGGAGCUACAUACUUUGGAUUUGACGCGAUACCUCCCGACAAGCGGAGUUACUGUUCUCCUUCCGGCUGUCAUUAUACACUUACUCGAUAUCAAGUCAAGUGACAUCAACCUGCGAUCUGCCAGCCUUGGACGAUUUUAUCAGUGUAUGCAAAUCCUGCAACGUCUGCGCGAGAUCUAUGCAUCUGCCGAUUUUGCAACCUCGUUCCUUGAAGCCGCUAUCCGUAAAGCAGGCGUUCACAUAAACAUCGAGCCAACGGAGCAGGAGAAGCAGCCACAAAGGGUCAAACCCGAACAACCAGUGAACACCCUUACGCCCCCGCCAGAUCCGAGCCCAGAAUGCUUCAUAGAUCCAGUUUUGUCCCUAAAGUCCGACCUAGGUAAUGUCGAACAGCCCGUCGACACCAACAACUUUGGAGUUGUUGUUUCGACGCCGCCAAAUUCAGCAAGCAGUGAGAAUGGAAGUCUGCAAAAUAUAAGCCACGAUCCUACUGUGGAUGAUAUUUUGAACACCAGCACUGAUCCCUCAGAGCCCAGUCUAGCUGAAUUCAUGACCCUCGCCCACGAAGCGGAUAUUACUCAAAACGACUUAGAUGCGUUGAUCAACUUUGACGAAAACACUGCUACAGAUUUCUUGACUACAGAUGAUGCUAUCAAUGCUACCUUCACUCUACCUGAGCUUGGAGAUGAUUUUAUCAAGGGAGAAUUUGAUGAUAACGAUAAAAAAUUAGAAGAACUCAAGGAAAUUGAGAGUACGGAUUUGGGUAUGGAUAUAGACGGUCAGGCUUGGCUUCACGACCCUUAG